CUGCCGCUCUCUCGCGGGCUCAUUUUCACUGCCAGAGGGCUGGCGACAGGAGCGUUGCAACCAGAUCUCUAACUGGGCUCAGAGUUUUCCAGCUAAUGGCCUCUGCUUUCUCUUUGCCUGAGUUUUUUCAGCUUCUGUUUUGCCAGAUCUGCUUUUCUUUGGUGCGGCUAGGGAGAGGGCCAGCCUGAUUUGUGAGCCACAAAGAGAAAAAGUGAGCUCUUUGGGGAUUUUUCGGUAGUGAAAACAUCUGGCAGAGCUUUAACAUGUUGCUGUGAAGUGCACUGCUAAGGGACCAGCCGGCACUGAGGAGUAGGAGGAGGAACAGCCACCCAGCAGCUCUGCUUUCAGACCUCUGCACUCUUUGCAUAUGACAAUUGCUUUUUAACUCCAGCCGGCCGGGGCAGGAUGAGCACCAGCAGCCCCUCCUGGGACCAAGCUGUCCUCCAGCCUCCUGCCUGCUAUGCCUGGAAGGAGUACAUGGAGGGAGCGGCCUACCAUCUGGCCAGCUGUAUCGUCCUCCUAGGCUACAUGGGUGGCAGCGGCAUCUUUGGGUCCAUCUACAUUUUUGGCCUCCUGGCCCCGGGCUACUUCUGCUAUGCUCUGUGGGGCUGGCUGAGCACCUGUGGCCUUGACAUCUUAGUCUGGAAUGUGCUGCUUGUCCUCACCUGCGUGCUGCAGCUGGCUCACCUGGCUUACCGACUCCGCAGAGACACCGUCCCCGAAGAGUUUGAGCUUCUCUACAAGGCCAUGUACCUGCCCUUGCAGGUGCCCCUGGAAGUCUACAGAGAAAUUGUGAAGUGCUGUGAAGAGCAAGUGCAAUCAUUAGUCCGAGACCAGAAUUACGCAGUGGAGGGCAAGACGCCCAUCGACCGGCUCUCCUUGCUGCUGUCUGGCAGGGUCCGUGUGAGCCAGGAUGGGCAGUUCCUCCACUACAUCUUUCCAUACCAGUUCCUGGACUCUCCAGAAUGGGAGUCACUACGGCCUUCCGAGGAAGGAACGUUCCAGGUCACACUGACAGCUGAAACUGACUGCAGCUACAUCACCUGGCCAAGGCGGCGGCUGUACCUCCUCCUGAGGAAGGACCGCUACAUUGCCCGCCUCUUCUCCUCCCACUUGGGCUAUGACAUCUCAGAGAAGCUCUACUCCCUCAAUGAGAAGCUCUUCGCCAAGUUUGGUCUCCGCUUUGACAUCCGCUUGCCCAGCCUCUACCAUGUCCUGGGCCCGGCCUCCUCAGAGGGGGAGCUGGAGGAGGCCGAGGAGCUGCCGCGCUCACCACAGCCUGAACAUGGGCUGGACGGGGCCUUGGAACCCCCUCCACAGCCUCCGCCACCACCACCUCCUGCUUCACGCCCUCGGUCCUCCCGGGCUGAGAGCGACCUGCUGGCCUCUGAGAACCUGCGGAGCCACCUUCCUGCUCCCUGCAAAGGACGAGCUCCCCUGGCUCCCACACAGACCCCUGAGCUCUAGGGAACAGCAGGCUGUUUGGAUCCCAAGCCCCACCUGGGGGGCGUGUGUACUCACACACCUUUCUGACCAGAUGGACACUCUGUAGAACGCACCAAAAUGUCUGCCUGCAUGGACACGAACACUCAGGAGCACAUUGAAGCACACGCGUGGGACUGCAGUGACCCUCCAGCACCUCCCACUCCACAAUGUUUGCUUCAACCUGCUGGCC